AUGGUCAAGAAUGAUGCUGUGAUUCAGAGUCAAGCGGCAUCCUUGAGGAAUCUAGAAACUCAAUUGGGGCAGCUUUCUAAUGAGCUAAGGAAUAGACCACAAGGCACCUUGCCUAGUGAUACAGAAAAUCCAAGGAAAGAUGGCAAGGAGCAUUGCAAGGCAGUUACCUUGAGGAGUGGUAAAAAUGUGGAAUUUACUGAGGAUAAUUGUACUAGAAACAGCGAGCCCACUUCAAUCCAAAGUAGUGUGGACAAAGGAGACAAAGCUGUGAAAUCAAAAAUUUUAAAUGCUGAUCCUGAAGCAAUUGCUGCAGCAAUUCUUCCGCAAAAUGCUUCAGGAAAGCCUAUAAGCAAGCCACCUCCACCAUUUCCUCAGCGCUUUCAAAAGCAGCAACAAGAUAGUCAAUUCCAGAGAUUUUUAGAUAGGAGGCUUAGUGAAUUUGAAACAGUGGCGUUGACUGAAGGUUGUAGUGCUAUAUUGAAGAGUAAAAUUCCUCCUAAAUUGAAGGAUCCGGGCAGCUUCACAAUUCCUCGUUCUAUUGGUGGUAGAGCACUUUGUGACUUGGGAGCUAGUAUCAAUUUGAUGCCCAUGUCAAUUUUCAAGAAGUUGGGGAUUGGAGAAGCAAGAUCAACCAUAGUCACUUUGCAAUUAGCGUAUCAUUCUAUGGCACACCCGGAAGGAAAAAUUGAAGAUGUACUUGUGCAAGUUGAUAAAUUCAUUUUUCCGGCUGAUUUCAUCAUCCUUUAUUAUGAAGCGGAUAUAGAUGUUCCUAUUAUCUUGGAUGAGGUUGAGGAAUGCUCUAGGCUAAGUGUAAUUGAGUCUAUUGUCGCUGAAAAAUUCCAUAAGGAAGCUUGUAAAGAUGGAGUGGGGGUGAGGUCACUUGAAGAGCUUGAGAACUUAAGUGAAGAGGAAGAAAGCCAAGUUACAUGGGUGGAGUCAAAGCAGCCCUUUGCUAAAUUUAGGAGGCCUUUUGAGUCAUUGAAGUUGUCGGAAGGGAAUUUUAAGCCUCCUAAGCCUUCUAUUCAAGAGCCACCAAAAUUAGAAUUGAAGCCUUUGCCUAGUCACUUAAAGUAUGCUUAUUUGAGUGAUAAUGAGACCUUGCCUGUGAUUAUUUCAGCCAUGUUAGGAGCUGAAAAAGAGAGUUUGUUGCUGGCUGUUUUGAAGAAAUACACAAGGGCCAUUGGUUGGACUAUGGCGGAUUUCAAAGGGAUAAGUCCCUCAUUUUGUAUGCAUAAAAUUCUGUUGGAGGAUUGCUAUAGUUCAUGGGUCAGCCCAAUUCAGUGUGUUCCUAAAAAAGGUGGAGUCAUAGUGGUGGCUAGUGAAAAUAAUGAGUUGAUUCCCACAAGACAAGUGACGGGGUGGCGUAUUUGUAUGGACUAUCGGAAGUUGAAUAAGGCUACUCAUAAAGACCCCUUCCCGCUACCAUUCAUUGACCAAAUGCUUGAUCGGUUGGCGGGAAAGGAGUUUUAUUGUUUCCUCGAUGGGUAUUCAGGCUAUAGUCAGAUUUCCAUCGCGCCAGAAGACCAAGAGAAGACUACCUUUACUUGUCCUUAUGGCACCUUUUCCUUUAGAAGGAUGCCUUUUGGGCUGUGCAACGCCCCCGCCACUUUCCAACGUUGUAUGAUGGCAAUAUUUUCAGAUAUGGUGGAGAAGUCUCUUGAAGUCUUCAUGGAUGAUUUUUCAGUAUUUGGGGAGUCUUUUGACACUUGUUUGGCUAACUUGGAGCAAGUCUUGGCUAGAUGUGAAGAAACAAACUUGCGAAAAGAGAAGGUUUUUCAUUCCAUUUCCUAUGCAAGCAAGACAUUAGUCGAUGCCCAAUUGAACUAUACUACCACCGAGAAAGAGCUUUUGGUGGUGGUGUUUGCUUUUGACAAGUUUAGGGCUUAUCUUGUGGGGACUAAAGUGGUGGUUUAUACAGACCAUUCAGCGAUCAAGUAUCUAAUUGCCAAAAAGGAUGCUGAGCCACGACUUAUUCGAUGGGUGUUGCUUCUUCAAGAAUUUGACUUGGAAAUUCGGGAUAGAAAAGGAACGGAGAACCAAGUGGUUGACCACUUAUCUAGACUUGAAGCUGGAAGUGAAAAGCAAAAUGAAGGGCCUAUGAAAGAGACAUUUCCCGAUGAGCAAUUAUUGGUUGUGAACCAAACCACUACUCCAUGGUACGCUGAUUUUGUCAACUAUUUGGUGAGUGGUUUGCAGCCACCUGAUUUGAAUAGGCAGCAACUCAAGAAGUUCUUUCAUGAUGCGAGAUUCUAUUAUUGGGAUGAGCCUUAUUUGUACAAACAAUGUUCAGAUCGAAUCAUGAGGCGUUGUGUGCCCGAGGAUGAAGUUUCUAGAAUACUAGAGCAUUGUCAUUCAACUCCUUAUGGUGGACAUUUUGGUGGGCAAAGAACAGCCGCUAAGGUUUUUCAAUCGGGGUACUAUUGGCCCUCUAUUCAAUGGGUGCUCAUGAAUUUGCUAAGAGAUGUGACCGCUACCAGCGUGUUGGAAAUAUUUCAGUAA